CGAUAGAAAUAUCAAUUGAUCAUAUAGUACAAGAUAGAAACGUACAGCGGCAUAAUGUAGUUUCAUAACGUAAUCCUGAUUCUGGCACAUUCAUCUUCUUCACCAUGUACUGAACACUCGAUAAGUACAAUUAUCUUCCUUUUGAUACUUCGAUUACUGAUAAAAUCUCGUUCGGUAUGAAUAAAACUGAAAACCCCAACCAUAGUUCACGUUCAUUAUUAUUGCUCAUUGUUAAUUUUUUUCAUCGAUUCAAUAUCAUUGGACAAUGAAUUCGACCAAUCACUUGGCAGUGUCCGCCAUAUGCAGCCACAAAUAUCAAUAGAAAAUGAUGACAUUUUUCAACCCCCCUAUAUAGUAACUGUAAACCUGAAAAAACCGCUAAAUUUGAUUUUUUUUAAAUUUAUCGUUGAAAUAGGGUUGCCAACAACCCAACACCAAAUGCCUCCUGUUUUGUCAAGUAAAAUACUAUUCUAUUCUGAGUUCUGAGCUCCUGAGAUUCGAUUGUAGCCUAUGAUAUGUUGUUAAGUUGAACCUAUGUUAUUCCUGAUAUUGAUUCCUCUCUCGGCGGCUGUCAGCUUCUAAGUACGUCCAAAUGAUCAAUACAGUCGUCGGCCCAGGCUGGGUGGAUUUUAUUUUGUGUAUUAAAUUCAUACGAAGCCAACGGUGGUGCAAUAAUAUUGAAAAGUGAAAAUAUAAUGGCAGGUCAAACAAUAAAUGACCGCUUAUUAGCGGCCAAACACAGUCUAGCAGGACAAGGCCUAGCUAAAUCUGUUUGUAAAGCUACUACUGAAGAGAUGCUGGGUCCCAAAAAGAAGCAUUUGGAUUAUUUAGUUCACUGUACUAAUGAGCCUAAUGUGUCUAUACCCCAAAUGGCAAAUUUAUUGAUGGAAAGGUCUCAGAGCACAAAUUGGGUAGUUGUAUUUAAAUCUCUUAUUACUACACAUCAUGUAAUGUGUUAUGGAAACGAAAGAUUCACUCAGUAUUUAGCAUCCAGCAAUGUUUCCUUUCAAUUAUCGAAUUUUGUUGAUAAAACUGGAGUUCAAAGUGCUGUAGGUGCCAAAACUGGCUAUGAUAUGUCCCCAUUCAUUAGAAGAUAUGCCAAGUACCUUAACGAAAAAGCUUUAUCUUAUAGAUCAGUAGCUUUUGAUUUUUGUAAGGUAAAACGUGGAAAAGAAGAGGGAACGUUACGAACCAUGAAUUCUGAAAAUUUACUCAAGACGUUACCAGUUUUACAAAACCAACUUGAUGCACUUUUAGAAUUUGAUUGUGUAGCAAAUGAUCUCACAAAUGGAGUUAUAAAUAUGUGCUUCAUGUUGCUUUUUCGUGAUCUCAUUAGACUCUUUGCAUGUUACAAUGAUGGAGUGAUCAACUUAUUAGAGAAAUUUUUUGAAAUGAAUAAAAAACAAUGUAGAGAAGCAUUAGAUUUAUACAAAAAGUUUUUGAUACGAAUGGAUAGAGUUGGGGAAUUUUUAAAAGUUGCUGAAAAUAUAGGUAUUGAUAAAGGGGAUAUUCCAGAUCUCACAAGAGCACCUAAUAGUCUUUUACAAGCAUUGGAACAGCAUUUGGCUUCACUUGAAGGCAAUACUCCAACAACUGCAACCGCACAAAAGACUCUAAAAUCAGGAGUUAGUGCAUUGUCCAAUACAAGCAAUGCCUUUGGGACAGCUGUUAAUGAUAAUUUUGAACAAGCAGCAGUGGCUGAAGAAGAAGCAGCUCUGAGUCACUAUCGAUCAACCGUUGGUUCUCCUUCAACUAUAAAUACUAAUCCAUUCUUGAGUGAGGAACCUCAAAAUGAUCCUGAGCCUAUACUUGACUUAUUUUCUGAUGGAAUAAGUGUUUCCCAGAAACCUAAUGUCAUACUACCAACCAAUGCAAUGGAUGAUCUACUUUCUCUAGGAGGAAAUCCUUUUGCAGAUUUUUCUUCAACUGAUGUUCCAGCAAAAGAUGAUAGUUUAUCAGCCACUUAUAACACAAGUAAAAUGUGGGCUAGCAACGGAUUUUCUGAUAAAGAUAUGUUUCAGCAACCUUCAGCUUUUGUUGCACCCAACAAUUUCAGUGGGUUAUUCAAUACAAACGAGGCUUCAGUAUUUGAUCCUAUUACUGAACAGUCUAAACCUUCCAUGAUUACCCAUACUUCCGUUCAUGUUCAACCUUCUAGACCUGUUGCACCUUCUAAAAUAUUGACCGGAGAUUUAGAGUCCAGUCUCACCUCGCUUGUGGAAAAUUUAACUAUGGAUGCAGGUAUGUUGAAAAAUAUUAUACCUUCUUGCAUAAUUAUUUGGUUGUUAUAUAUUUAUUUAUCUUUUCAUUUUCACUGA